CGCUAACUGGCACUGGCGCCGUCCCCCCUCUUUGUCCCCUUAGGUCAUCUGCCCGUUGCUUAGCAACCCGGCCAACGAGGACGGUUGGCCUCCGGGGGCGGCCGAGGAGACGCUCAACUUGAUGGAGAGACUCAAGAACCAAGCUCUCGCCAUGAAGGCUCGCAAGGAAGGCUGGACUUUUCUGCCACUUCCCAAACGUCUCCAUGACAACGAGGACAGGUCAGGACGCAAUGGCGAGUCCGAGGGCGGCCACUUGUCACGUUGCCGCUGAUGGCGCAGGUCACACGCUCUCUUCUCGAGACAGGGAGACGUGCGACGUGAAGCUGCUGCACGCCUGCGAGUUGGUCAUCAUCGAGUGGGCUGGACUGGUGUCGGAGUUAUUGCAACGGAACCCAGCCCAGGCGCUCCUGGAUGGACUCAAACCUCCACCAUCGGAGGAGUUCAACUUCUGGAGCAACAGACUCCGGAACCUGGAGCUCAUCCUGCAGCAGAUGUCGAGUGACAGCGCCCAGCAGGUGGCGUCCUUACUUCAGUCUGCCCAGGGGGCCUACAGCGCCACCCUGAAAGAGAUUCAUGCCGACGUCCAAAAAGGUAAAAAGGAGCCGCCGACCCGGAACCGGGCCGGACUUGAGCUAACCUGUCAGCCCUCAGGACUGGCCGAGGCCCAGGACGCCAACGACAACCUUGCGCCUCUGCAGCAUCAGGUGGAGGAGCUGGAGCAGCUGGAUUAUCCGCAGCUGAAGGACAACAUGGCCGUCGUGAUGGAGAAGGUCCAUCAGGUGUGGAUCAGGUCGCGCUUUCACUGCAAGCCCUGCUGGAUCGUCGUCCUCCUGGAGGAGAUUUGCAACUUCUUCAUCGAGAAAAGCAGAGACUUCCUGUACGGACAGGAAGUGAUGCGCGGCCUGCUUUUGGAUCCUGCGCAAGUUCUGGAUGAUGUCCAAGUGGUGACCUUGACCUUGCAAACUCUCAAGGACAAAUAUAUCCACCACAGGAUGCUGCUGGAACAGGAGGACGGAGGUUUGCACCGCUGGGAGUUUCCAUCUCAUCUGGUCUUCUCUCGUUUGGAUGACUUCCUGAUUCGCCUGCAAAGCAUCCAGGACGUGUUCCGCGUGCGCCUUCAGAUCCAGCUGGAGCAGGUUGUGGUGGCCGGCGGUCGCGGGCGGAUAUGGACUGCCGCCGUGCAAGGCGUGUGCCGAGACUUCCUGCGCCAGCUGCAAGUCCUGGCCGACUGCAAGAGCGACGCCACCGAGCCCGCCGAUGAGAGCUUUGCGCAGCAGGCCGCUUCCUUCCAGGAGCACGUGUCCCACCUGGAGGCUCGCUUGGUGUCCAUUUUGCGAGGGGCGCUUAACGAAUGCCCGCUGCCGUCCGCCGCCGUCAAGGUUAUCACCAUAUUUGGGCCGCUGCUGCAGCGCCCCGCCAUCCGGAACCAGCUGCGCCCUCAGCUCUCCAAGCUGGUGGACAUGGUCCUGCGGGAACUGGACAGGGCGCAGGCGCUGGUUAAGAUUAAGGGCAAGAAAGCGGUCUCGUCCAAAUUCAGCACGUCGCCGGCCGUCACCCUCAGAUGGACCAAGCAAGUCAUGCUCAGGGCCAACAAUGUUCUGCAAAACUUCCAGGCAGUCCAACAUCUGUGUGUGGAGUCAUGCGAGACGGUGCGUCACAAGUUCCAGAAGAUCGCCGACCUGCUGCUGGACAUCCGAAGCUCCGUGCGUCAGGCGUGGAGCCGCCAGCUGGACCAAGACGCCGCUGCCGUCCUCAAGCUUUCGCUGAUCCAGGAGGAGGAGCAGCAGCAGCAGCUCGCCGUUUUGGGAAUCCCCUGCGGACAAAAGCUGGAGGGGCUGCUGAGGGACAUCAAAGAGGCUCGUUGGGAGAAGGAUCUGGAGCUCCGUCCCGAGACUGCUGAAAUUUUGCAGAGCAGACGAGACAUCGCCAAAAGUUAUCUGAGUCUUACCAACAUCGUGUCCUCCUACAACCAGGUGGUGGAGGAGGCUCUGCCUGUGGAGCUUCCUCUAAUCCGGGAUGGGCUGGAGGAGCAGAGGCGGAGUCUGUUGGAGCUACAACAUAGCACCUGGACCAGUAAAGGUGUCCACGAAUUGAUGGAGCAGAAGAGGCAGAGCUUGGCGGUCUUCUUUGCCUCCGUGAACGAAGCGCGAGCCAACAUGGCCGCCUUGGUGACCAUCAUGGAGGGCUGGGCGGCACUUCCCCUGCUCAGUCGCUCAGGAGACUUCCUGGAGCGGGGCGUAGCUACGGAACAGAGCUACGCGCGUGUGCGGGAGGACGGCGAGGAGGUCAUUCGUCUGAUCAAGGAGAGCUCGGUCCGGUACGGCGUGAAGGACGAAUCGUCGCCCGAGUGGAUGGCCUACCUGGAGCACGCGGACCAGGUGGUGCAGGACGGCGUCCUGCAGAUGCUGCUAUGCUCGCUCAACUUCCUGUCGCAGAACACAUCGCCCUCGAGUUCCGGGGGCGCCUUGCUGCAGGUGUCGCUGCAGCUGCAGCCAACAGGAAGCGUCUUCGAUCCGUCCCUGACCUCUGACCUGACCGAGGUCCUCAAGUCCUUCAUCUCUGAUGUCCUCGCGGCCGCCGCUCUGCCACCCCGGCUCGCCGGCGCUCACCGAGGCAACUAUCAGGAGGCGCUGCGGGACAACGCCGAGCUAGCCGAGCUGGAAAAGGAAGUGAUGCAGCACUUGCAGGAGGUCAACCAGGAGGCAGAACGCCUGAGGGCCAAACUGGACCGCUUCUCGCCGCUGUGGCUGAGUCCCAAACGCAGUGUCAUGCAAGAAUUCCUCACGUACGGCAGGAGGCUGGACAAGCGCGAAGAGGAGGUGGACAAGGUCCCGCCCACGCUGGCCGACUUCCAACGAGAGAUCAACAACCUACAGAAGCAGCUCUCGGAGAUGAACGCGCUGGAGGACUACGACCUGGUCCACGGCUGGCUGCAGGUCGACCUCCAACCUUUUAAAGACGGCCUUCGCCUCUUCAUCAACAACUGGAUCAGCUUGUACACGCAGCACCUCCUCAAGCUGGUCCGUCACAGCAUGUCCCGGCGCAACGACGAUGACGAUGAAGAAGGCGGCGACAAGUCUGCGGGGCGCAACUUCCCCCUGACGGAAACCAUCAUGCUCCUGGAGACGGUCAACGUGGAAGUACCCGAAAUCAUCACGCUGCUGCAGACGGGCGGCCAUCUGGUGGCGGAAACCGACACGGAAGAGGCACAAAGAAGAUGAGGACGCGGUCCGGAAGGAGCGCCAGUGUCUAGUGGCGGUACGCGCCGAAGGCCAGCAGGCUGAGGAAGACGGUGAGGCCCAGCAGCAAGGCGGACGCCGGCGCCGUGAACAGGUGGCGGUACUGGAUCUGGCAAUACCACAGCACGGCCAGCGCCAGCCCCAGCAGCGGCACCAUCAGGCCGCCGGCAUUCAGUGUUGCCCGGACCCGCGCAAUACCCGUCCCUACUGCCCCCUCGGGCGGAACCGGCACCGCUGCCGUGCGCUGCGAGGAGACAUGACAGUGCAGCACGCAGUUGUGCGCCAGGUGGAGCGUCUCCAGCGUGGCACCGUCGUCCUGCAGCAGCUGACCUUGGUAGAUGAGACGUACGUGUCGCUCCUGGCCCGCAAAGUAGGUCCUGCCGAUGAAAAAGGCGAAGGGUGCGACGUGAGAGUGAUUGAGACUGUCGCACUCGCAGCCCAGAGCAUGAAAGACAAAAAAGCUGCGCGGGACUCUUCAGGAAAGCACUUUAUUUCUUGACCUUUUGAAGUUCCACUUCAUAAUACACUGCUAUUUUGAAUUAAAAACUUGGUGGUGGCCACGAGCAAUAUCCAUGAAAGACAUAAAUUGAGGCAGAUGCCAAAUGGAGUCGGCUAGCGAGCGAGCAAGUUACCUCUUGAUGUAGCCGAUGGUGUCCUGGGGCUUGACGUGCGCCGUUCUCUCCGUGUCGUUAAGGAACUUGAGUCUGAGUACCAUGUUCCUCUGGAAGUCGCCGUCAGGCGCCGGCCCUUCCGUGGUGGAGGCGGGGGGCUGGUCUGGAGGAGAGGCAGCCCGAGGAGAGGCGGGGUGGAGCGGGGGCGGUGGCUCCGAGGUGCGGGUGGAGGCCCAGGCCAGCAGCAGCACGGCCGCCGCCGUCAGCGCAACCAGCAGGAGCGUCACCUCAUCGCCCACGCCCUCGAUCAAAACCAUCGCCGCCCAGCAGCCGAUUGCACGGCACCUGAAGGGUAGGGGGCGCAUAUGUUUGAUUUUCCGACCCUACUUGGCGUUAUGAUACACUCUUGCUCCAUUGCCCAUCUUGGCUGCCCCCCCCCCCCAUUUGCAAAUGUCAUUGCUUCUCAUAACUUUUAUUUCUCUGAAAUUUUUAGCUUCAAGUGCAACGCAGUCCCCUGCCCAUCAACUGCUUAUUUGCAUUUUUCAGAAUGUUCUUUUCAUUUGCCCAUAAAUUGUUGAGCCACUUC